UUUUCUGAUGCAGUAGCGACUUCCGGGUAGUAGAGCGAGAGACAGAGAGAGAACGGACGCGCCGUCUUCAACGCAUAAACGUCUUUUUGUUUAGGUUUGCGCAUAACGCCCCCAUUAUCGGUCUUCCAGAAACAACAGGCUACGCAGCGUUUUGUUAUUUUAUACGGUUUACUAGCUGGCUUGGCGACUGUGAAGUGCUUCCUGGUUGGGAGUUGCGGCCAUUUUGAAUUUUGUACUGAGACACAACUAGCCGGCCGUGCUUCUGGGAGCUGUCUCAGUCUGCCACCCUCUCCCGUUUUCCAUACGUCCUAUUAAAAGCUUCCCGCGAGACGGCGACGCGCUCUACAACAAGUCCACAAUGAAUCCCGAAUAUGACUAUUUAUUCAAACUGCUGCUGAUUGGUGACUCUGGUGUUGGAAAAUCUUGUCUCCUGCUCCGAUUUGCAGACGAUACGUACACAGAAAGCUACAUCAGCACAAUUGGUGUGGACUUCAAAAUACGGACCAUAGAACUAGAUGGAAAGACCAUUAAACUUCAGAUUUGGGAUACAGCAGGUCAAGAGAGGUUUCGUACAAUCACGUCCAGUUACUACCGAGGCGCUCAUGGUAUCAUUGUAGUAUAUGAUGUCACAGAUCAGGAAUCCUUCAACAAUGUUAAACAAUGGCUACAGGAGAUUGACCGCUAUGCCAGUGAAAAUGUCAACAAGUUGUUGGUUGGCAACAAGUGUGACCUGACGACAAAGAAGGUGGUGGAUUACACAACAGCAAAGGAGUUCGCCGACUCUCUGGGCAUCCCGUUCUUGGAAACCAGUGCCAAGAAUGCCACCAAUGUGGAGCAGGCCUUUAUGACCAUGGCAGCAGAAAUUAAAAAGAGAAUGGGCCCCGGGGCUGCAGCUGGCGGUGGCGAGAAGCCCAAUGUGAAGCUGACCCCCGGCACUACCGUCAAGCCUUCAUCGGGAGGCUGCUGCUGAGAGCAGACGAAGUCCCAUACUGCUCUCCUGCCCUCUAUUCUACAGGCCUGUAUGCCUGGCUGCCAUCUUCCUCAAAACUCUACCACAAUCUGACAGGGUAGGGACGACAUGAGUCACAUGUGUAUGUGAGAACAAGAUGAAGUUGCCUGUAUUUGUACAAUAAUGUAGCACACUACCAAAAACAAAUAAAGCAUUCAUCUUGUCACCCUGUCCUGGUUUUGAUGACAAAUUGUACAAAAAGGUGAUCCUUUCACCUGACCUGGCUCGACAUCCCUAUCACCUUUGUCUCAGUCCUCUGUGACUAGUUCUUCUAUUCGAUCUGCUCAUGAGACUCAUGGGAAGUGUGCGCACACGUGUAUGAAUGCAUUCCAUUUUUGAUUUGGUAACAAGUUUCGCCAAGGCUUUUGAAUUGUUUUGUGUGCGUUGGCUUUCUUUUGGUCAUUUUGUUACUUGCAUGUUCUGUUCGGUCUACAUAUGACGUUUUUUUGUUUUUGUUUCAUUUGAUAAGAGGAAAAAAAAAAUAAAAUAAAUAGCAAUGACCCAAUUCAGCAUCUCAACUAUAGUACUAUAUAUACGUAAAUGUGUGUGUGUGUGUGUGUGUGUGUAUAUAUAUAUGUGUAUAUAUAUAUAUACACACACACACUUCUCUCUCUCGCUUCAGCAGGUGCGUGUGUAAAUCUUCCUCACUUUGGGACCUCUCACAGAGUGGGAGAUGAGAGUAUUGCACAGCAUCUUAGCUGUUCCCCAUAGUAGUUGAAAUAUUAGUAAUAGACAAGACCUCAGAUGUUUGACUGAGACGUGACUCGUCGAACUCACCACUCUUGGAGAGGACCUGAGCCUGAAGGCUUUACCGCAUCCCCACAGGGGUCGAGAGGAAAUGUUUAUGGUUUUUUUUCUAUACACACUACAGUAUGUCAGUUCUGUAGUCCUCAGUGCAUUCUUAGGAUUGUCUUGACUCAACAUGUAACACUUAAAGCUGAAAAUAAAUAUUGUAUCGACAGACUACAAAAUGAGAAGAUCAUGUGAUUCUUGCUGAGAUGCGUUUUAACAGAAUACAAUUAUUCAACAUUUCAUUAACCUAGUAGCAUAAUUUUCUGUCGUUUUUAACUCACUGUCACAAUGUCAAUAAAAAAAUACCAAUCUGUUUGUUAAAAA